AUGGAUCUAUACUAUCGUAACAAAGGGCGGUUUCGUGAGAAACGAUAUAUUGCCUAUGCGGACCUCUCUGUAAGCGAGGAGCUUGAUGGAUAUCCAGUUGGUCGGCUGACAUUCUCUAUGUUUACAGCCUACAAUCCGAACGCAAGAAUACCUGGUUCAGGUGAUGGCUAUCUGGGUUUGGGUUACCCAGAUAUCGAAAGGACAAUACCUGAUCACAACGUUCUCGACGUGAUGAUGGCGAAUGGAAUGAUAGACUACAAGAGAUUUACUCUAUUUUGUGUAUGGUACGUAACCCAAUUUGCACACCACUCGCUUCAUGAUAAACAUGUGUUUUACCUCAUCUUAUUGUACCAUUCUGCCACCCACCGCAACAAUUUGGAGCCUGACGCUCGGAUUGUGUUUGGGUCCCAUGGUACAAUCAACCCACAAGAGUUCCAUAUGGUGCCCUUAGAGAAUGCUCACGGUGGCUGGAGGGUCCACGUAGAGAGCCUCAGGACACCCUUGCGAGGUAUUUUCCAUAGAAGAUUUGUUGCAUCGUUGGACAGUACCUCUUGGCUAAACAAGAUUGCUGUGGAUCGUGCCGGCCUAAUUAACACUGCGCUCGGAGCAACACUACAUGGGGAAUUGUACAUCGUCAACUGUGACGGGUUGGCACAGCUGCCAAAUCUCAUCUUCGGUUUACAAGGAGUAGACUUGACUCUGACGCCUCAACAGUAUAUUCUAAGAGAGGAGACACAUGCGGGGACACGCUGUUUUAGCUCAAUCGUUCCAGAUCCAGAAAUUCUCACUGGUAGCAUAGUACUAGGAGUGAGUUUCAUGGAACACUUUAUUACUAUUUUCGACCAACAAAGUAAAAAAGUGGGAUUCAAGCCGAGGGUCUGUUAA